AGACCUUGAAUGAAAAUGUCUUGGAGGAGAUGGCCUCAAAGAUGAUGACUUCAAAGAAAACUGAUGAGGUUGAGAUGUCCCUGAAGGAGACCGCCAUGAAGCUUAAGGCCCCAGAGGAAAUGUCGCUAGAGACUACUGCCCUAAUGGUAAAGGCAUCAAAGCUAAAGGCCCCAAAGAAGACAUCUUCAAAGACAACUGCUGACGUGGAGAUGACCGCAGAGGUGACAGUCGAGGGGGCAAUGGUUACAAAGAAGAUGACCUCAAAAAUAAGGGCCCCAAAGAAGACGACUUCAAAACAGAAAGACCUGAAAGAGCUGGACAUGCAGGAAAUGGCUAAGGAUGAGAAUGCCCUGAAGGAGACUGUUUUGAAGAAGGACCUGGAAGAGGCAUCUAAAAAGGAGAUAUCCAGGAAAAACAAGGUUAAGAAGGAGACGGAUCCAGAGGAGAAGUCCCUAAAGGAAGUGGACGAGGAGACGACUUCAACAAAAACAGUCCGAAAGAAAACAGCUGCAAGAGUGAAGGCACUGAAGGAAAUGCCUGAGAAAGAAGUCCUGAAAGAGACAGUUUCGAGAAAAAGGGCCUCAAAAGAAAAAGCACCCAAGCAGAAAGCUGAGAAGAACCCAAGUGAAGAUGAGAUCCAUUUAGACGAACAUUUUGUUCAGCCGCCAGAAACAAAGAAUUCCUCAGAUGCAGCACAGGCACCAGGAAAAGCCCAAAAGGCUGUCAAAUCUCCAGUAGAGAGUAAUCCUGAAACAGUGCGUCGUUCGAAAAGGAACACGGAAAAGAAUCCAAUUCCCGAAAAAACAACCCGCUCCAGGCGGAGAUGAUCGUCCAAGGAUGGAAUUGUGUGUUCCUGCUCACACUGUUAGAGACUGCCAGGAUAUUCCAAGGCCAAAGAAAGAACUGUGUGUGUGUUUAGUUAUUCUGUGUUUUUGUAAUUCAACACAUUUAUAAUUCUGACCGUCCUGAACGAUGUGUAUAAAGUUGUAUAAAUUACCCUAGAAAAAUAAAGGAAUAUUCCUCAACAUGCUCGAACGUACGUAUGAACAGAGGGUCUGAUGUAAUGCUGUGUGUAUGUUGCAUUAGAAUUUAUACGAUG